AUGCCCGGCGAUCUCUCCUUCCUCGACCAGCUCGAGGACUGGCUCGAGGCUCAGAUCCCCAACAACAUCCAUCAUCUUCCCCACAAGAUGUACGAUACUGUAGAGAAGAUGACCGGCGAGCUGCUGGACAGCCUCAACAUCCACGGCCCGCCGUCCAUCUCCAUUCCAUUUCCUCCGUUCGGUGGUAAAGACGCCCCACCACCACCGCCCCCGCCUUCCUCUGCCGUCAGCUGUGCCCACUCGGUAGCUGACCGUUCCGGCCGGGUCUUGAAGAACCACCCUUACGCUGUUGGAGCUGCCCUCUCUGUCGGCCUCGGUUUGACCGGGCUGAUGGUGUACAAGGGUGUUGGCGUCUUUGGAAAUGACUGGAGGAUCAAGAGACGAUUCGGAGUGAGGGGUGCAGUCGAAGACGGCAUGUUGAAGGAGGCUAUCGUCAUUCUCGCGCCCUCUCCAUUGCCACCACUCCUGGUGCCUCUUGCCGCCAGUCUUCUGAGAUCCGGGUAUAUCGUCCUGGUGGCUGUCACCAACAACCGCGAUGCCCAGUCUCUCGAGCGAAGGCUCAGCAGCCUGGAAGAGAGGGCUGCUCUGCGCGUCUUGAUUUACGACCCUGAUGACUCCACCACUUUCCCUCCAUUCCACCGCUCCCUCCUGGCCACCCUCACCCUCCGCUUCCCUGUCACCGGCAAGUACGCUGCCGGUGACCCCUACAACCCCCAGCCAACUCAGCUUGCACACAUCCACGCCUUCCUUUCGUUGUACCCACUCCACCCCGACCCUCCCUCCCAGCCCGGAGCGCUUCCUGCUAUGCCUACUUUAGUAGCUCCGAACGCCAACGGCAGCUUGCCUCUUCUUGUCAACUUUUAUCCUUCGGGUUCAGUGCCCACUACGCCCAACACGUUUGCCAGCCAGGUGCUCACGAGCAAUCACCUCCUGCUCGGCAAGAACCUAGCGGCAUCCUCUCCUGGUGCUAGAGUUGUAUCUGUCUACGUCGGUGACAUUGAUCUCCCCACGUUGCCUGCUAUUUUGAGUCACGGCAAGACCCUUACCCGCCGCCAACUCGCAAAGGAACGCCUUGCUCAGGACUCUACUCCUAAACAGAAAGUGUCUGUCAUUGGCGACUACCUUUUCGGUACCCUGCGUGCCGUAUUUGGCACCAUCAUCGGUACCGUCGGUCUCGGCUCCACCGUCCGCGAGUAUGCCACCUUUGAGAAGAGCAUCUUGCGCAUCAUCAAAUCUUCUUACGGCCACGACCAUUUCGUCGGCCAACGCUCCAUGUUCCCGCUCCUCCUGUCUCAGCUUCCCAUCCCGGGCUAUCUCCUCCCAUCUCUCCUGACCUACCUUCCUUCCCUGCCGUCACCCACCGGACCCCCUCUUCCCGAUCACCCCAAAGCCACGCGCUCCAAACAUGCGGCCCGCCCUGCAAGCAGAGACGCAGACAGCGAAAGGGAGAGCGAAAAGACGUCGGCAGAGGAAGGGAGCGAGCAUGAGAGUACCGGAGAGGAUUUGGUCAGCUCGAUUCAUACCGGGACGAGCUUGGGGAGUGAGAGGGGCAUGGAUAGUGAAAGUUCCGAGGGCGCGGGAAGCAGUGGAUUGGAAGGCAGCUGGGUUGGGCUUGAUAGUGCAAAGUAA